AAACAGACAUUCACAGUCGACCCGUUCGCCGCACCAACAGGGACGCACACCACUGCUCGCCAUCGUCGUCAUCACCGCGUGUAUUUUUUUUAUUCCAUUAAAAAUAAUAUUCGUACGACGCGUCGUCGAGCUUUCAAGUCUGCGGAGUGUGUUCUCGUACAGUAAUAUAAGUGUGAUUCGUCAGCGAAUUUAAUUUUUUUGUGCACUUCUACACCAGCGGUGUACACCGCGGCAGAUACCGAUCGUCAUAUCCUCUCGUCGGCUAAAAGGUGGUGGUGUGCCAAUCAUCAUGAAUACGUCUUUCUUGCGGUUGCUGUGCACCCUAUUUGCACUAUCCCAUUAUGCAUUGGCACAAAGUGGUUAUAAUUACAACAAACCAUCAAAUCCCUUGAACGGCCCAACUACAGCAGUACCAUACGGUAACGAUGCAUUAGUAGGUAAGCCAUCGGGCACUAGUUAUCCUACUUCAUUCCCUACAACGGUUUCAUCAUACCCAACUCAGGCUGACCAAUUUGGUUCUACCGGACCUACUGGUACGCCCAGUUUUACUGGUGGAUAUGGUGGCCAAACAGCCUAUCCUACAUCUGCACCUCAAGAUUUCACUACUGCUAACUUCCCUAGUACAAUCGCACAACGACCUGGAAACUUCCCCACUGGUUCAGGUUCAUCGCCUGGAUAUGGCUCAUCUGGUGAUGGUUCUUCUGGACCGAAUACACGACCAACCUAUGGCCCAAGUGGACAAGAAAGUUUAGGAGCCCCUCAGAGUGGUAAUGGAUACGGUGUGGGAUUCGGGUCUGGUUUUGGAUCUGGAAGUUCAAAACCAAGCGGAUUUGGUGGAAGUUCAGGAACACCAAGUUCAACUGGUUUUGGAAGUGGAAAUGCACCUGGUAGUUAUGGAAGUGGAAAUAAUGUUGGAGCUACUGGCUUUGGAAGUGGAAGUGCCCCGGGUAGUUAUGGAGGUGGAAACAAUGCAGGAACUACUGGAUUUGGAAGUGGAAGUGCCCCGGGUAGUUAUGGAAGUGGAAACAAUGCAGGAACUACUGGAUUUGGAAGUGGAAGUGCCCCGGGUAGUUAUGGCAGUGGAAACAAUGCAGGAACUACUGGAUUUGGAAGUGGAAAUGCUCCCGGUAGUUAUGGAAGUGGAAACAGUGUAGGAACUACUGGAUUUGGAAGUGGAAGUGCUCCGGGUAGUUAUGGAAGUGGAAACAAUGCAGGAACUACUGGAUUUGGAAGUGGAAGUGCCCCGGGUAGUUAUGGCAGUGGAAACAAUGCAGGAACUACUGGAUUUGGAAGUGGAAAUGCUCCCGGUAGUUAUGGAAGUGGAAACAGUGUAGGAACUACUGGAUUCGGAAAUGGCAACGCUCCUGGUUAUGGCGGUAGCAGUGGAUCUGCUCCAGGAACAGGUUUUGGAAGCAAUCCGGGAUCAAGCGGUUUUGGUAUAGGUAGUGCACCUGGCAAUUAUGGAAGUAACAAUGUUGGUACUCAAGGGCCAAAUAGUUUUGGCAGUGGUGUUGGUGGUGGAUCCAGGCCAAGUUAUGGAGGUACCGGCAUUGGUGCACCCAGCAGUGUAGGUGGUGGAGCUUCUGGUUCACAAGGACCUAGCAGUUUCUUUGGUGGAAACGGUGGAAGUCAAGGACCUAGCAGUGUUGGAGGUGGAAAUGCAGGUGUACAAGGACCUAGCAGUUUCUUUGGUGGAAAUGGCGGUAGUCAGGGACCUUCUAGUUUUGGAAACGGUUUUGGAUCUGGAAACUCACCAGCUGGAAAUAACGACGAUGGUUCUUACGAAGGAGGUGACUUUUCUGCUAUUCCCGGAGAACCUGGUACCGACUACCCAAUACUAUCCGAAAUACCAAAUACUUCAUUUACUUGUAACCAGAGAUUACCAGGAUAUUACGCUGAUACCGAAACCAGAUGUCAAGUAUUCCAUAUAUGUUCUAAUAAUAUUAAAUACGAUUUCUUGUGUCCUAAUGGAACAAUAUUCCAUCAACAACACUUUGUAUGUGUCUGGUGGAACCAGUUUGAUUGUUCAACUGCUGAGAGUCUAUAUGGCUUGAACGCUAAUAUUUAUGACUACUCAAAAGUAGGAUCUCCAGGACAAUCAGGCCCACAAGGUCCUAUCGCUAACUUCCCCGGACAAGUUGGUCCUAAUGGGCCAAUUGGUAACUACCCCGGUUUAUCUGGACCACAAGGACCAAUUGCUAACUUCCCAUCAAUUUCUGGUCCACAAGGCCCAGUUGCAAACUACCCAGGACAAUCAGGACCACAAGGACCAACUGCCAAUUAUCCAGGCCAAACUGGUCCCCAGGGUCCAACAGCUAACUACCCAGGACAGUCUGGUCCUCAAGGUCCAAUUGCUAACUACCCAGGACAGUCUGGUCCUCAAGGUCCAAUUGCCAACUACCCAGGUCAAGUAGGACCACAAGGACCAACCGCAAAUUAUCCAGGCCAAACUGGUCCCCAAGGCCCAACAGCCAACUACCCAGGACAAUCUGGUUCUCAAGGCCCAUCUGCCAACUACCCAGGACAAAUAGGAUCACAAGGUCCGACUUCCAACUACCCGGGACAAUCUGGUUCUCAAAGGCCAACUUCCAACUACCCAGGUCAGUCUGGUCUCCAGGGCCCAACAGCUAACUACCCAGGACAAUCUGGUUCUCAAAGUCCAUCUGCCAACUACCCAGGACAGUCUGGUUCUCAAGGUCCAACUGCCAACUACCCAGGACAAUAUGGUCCACAAGGCCCAACAGCCAGCUAUCCAGGUCAAUCAGGUACUCAAGGUCCAUCUGCCAACUAUCCAGGUCAAUCAGGUACUCAAGGUCCAUCUGCCAACUAUCCAGGUCAAUCGGGUCCUCAGGGUCCAUCUGCCAACUACCCAGGCCAGUCUGGUUCUCAAGGUCCAUCAGCCAACUACCCAGGACAAAUAGGAUCACAAAGCCCAACAGCAAAUUAUCCAUCACAGACAGGUGCGCUAUUCCCGAGUCAACGUCCAAGUAGUUACCCAGGUGCACAAGCUACACCAUCAUACCCAACUACAGGUGUAAACAAUAACGGUCGACCAAGUUCUCAAGGUCCGUUUGGAAGUUCAGGAACAACACCUUACCCCGGUCAAGGAAGUACUGUGGGAUCAUAUGGUCCAAGCUCAACUUUAGCAGGUGUAUCACCAACUUCUGCCUCAUACCCGGGAUCAACUUCCCUAUCUGAUGCGCAGUUUGUAAACUCAUAUAAUAAGCCACCAGUACCAGAAAGGGAAUAUUUGCCACCAUACAAAAAAUGAUGACCUAAGCUCAAAAUUGCCAUAAUUUAGUUUUACUAUCAAAUUUAUUACCUAGUGUUAAGCUUUUUUAUAUUAUUUUUAUUAUUGAACAUUAUUAAUAUUACAAUAGUUUAUUUCGCUUAUUUAAAGUCAACUAUAUUAUAAUCAAUAAUCUAAAUACUAUAUAGAAGAGUAUUAUUUAAAAAUUCACAUAAAUGUAUUUUCAUAUCAUAUUAUGUAUAUAAUAGUCUUUUCGCAAAUGUUAUUGAAUUAUACUUCAAACAUGCACUCAAAACAUAUUACAAUGUCUUACUCGUAAAUAACUACUUGUAAGGAGUGCGUUUUAUAAUUGCUUUAUUCAUACAUAUAUUUAUAUUCAACAAAAAUCUUAAUACUUUUUGCAUUUUUAUACUUUUAUAUUAUAUUAUAAGUAAUCUAUUAAUCAUAUAUCGAAAACUGUGUUACCAUUACUAUAAGCGAUGUGAACAACAUUAUGAAAUAAAAUUGAUUUUUAGUUUGCA